CAAAAGUAGGCAAAAUCCAAGUAGCAGAAAAAACACACGCACACUCUCUCUGUGUAUUUCUUGAAAUUUUUUUUUUUUUUUUGCAAGAAACAAGAACUCUUCACUUCGACCAACGCAGGUUUCUCUCCUCUCUCUGCAAUACGGCUGGCGCUCGUCCACAGGAUUCACCGAACCGUAUCGGAUUACAUCGAUUGAUGUCUAGUGUUUGCCAUCGUCAUUGAUCGGAACUUCAUCUUGGGAUCUUUAAACAUUAGAACUUCUUAAACAGCAAGAUGAGUGGCGAAGUUUUUGACAGACAGAUGUUAGCUGACAAGUUGUCUAAACUCAACAGUUCGCAACAAAGUAUAGAAUCGUUAUCACGUUGGUGCAUUUCUCACCGGAAGAAAGCUAAGCAGAUUAUCGAAACAUGGGAUAAAUUGUUCAAUUCUGCACAGAGAGAGCAGCGUGUUUCUUUCCUAUAUUUGGCUAAUGACAUUUUGCAAAAUAGUAGGCGAAAGGGCAGUGAGUUUGUGAAUGAAUUUUGGAAAGUCCUUCCUGGAGCUCUUAAGCAUGUUUAUGGAAAUGGUGAUGAACAUGGAAAGAAAGCAGCCUCCAGACUGGUUGACAUUUGGGUAGAGAGGAAGGUUUUUGGAUCAAGGGGUGAGAAUCUUAAAAAUGAAAUGCUUGGUAAAGGUCCUCCGUCUUUGUCAGUCAGCAACAGAAAGAGUUCAAAUCCUAUAAAGAUAAUGAAGAAGGAUGCUCACUCAUUAAAAAUUAGAUUGGUUGUCGGGGGUAUGCCACAAAAAAUAGUAACUGCAUUUCAGUCGGUAGACGAUGAAAAUAUCAAUGAAGAAGCUGCUUUAAGCAAGUGUAAAGCUGCUGUCAAUCAGGUGGUUAAUAUGGAGAAAAGCAUUGAAAGUAUCUCCACACAAGGAAAUCAGCAGGGAUCUGCAUUUUUGGAUGAAAUACAGGAGCAGGAAAAUUUACUUCAGCAAUGUGUUAGGCAACUUGAAAGUGCUGAAGCAACUAGGAUUGUCUUGGUUUCCCAGCUUAAAGAAGCACUUCAGGAUCAAGUACCAAAGCUGGAACAUAUCCGCACUCUGUUGCAGGUUGCUCGAGGUCAGGUUGAGCAAGUUAACAGUAUGAGGCAUAAGCUUACAUCACCCUCUCUUUCCGGGCCCCUGUCAACCAGUACUAACCCACCAAUGGAAACCGCAAUGGUAGUGGAGCCAAACCUGCCUUCAAUUCAACCGACCAGCUCCCCUCUGCUGCCUCCACUGGCCCAACCUGUGAUAUCUUUUGCAUCUUCAACAACUGCCGAAGAAGAGAACAAGAAAGCAGCAGCUGCUGCGGUUGCUGCUAAGCUUGCUGCUUCUACAUCCUCUGCACAGAUGCUUACUUCUGUUCUCUCAUCACUCGUUGCAGAAGAGGCUGCCUUCUUGAAUGGCGGCUUAAAAUCAGCUGGAUUUGCGUCUGGGUUACCCAUGUUCUCUCCAAAAAAACGCCCCAAACUGGAGACAUCGGCAGUUUCUGAUGUUAAUAAUUCUGAAAUGAGUAACACAGUAUAUUUUAAUUCUCUACAACAGCAACCAAUGACUGGUCUUUCGCUUCCACAACCCACAAAUAUGCAAUCUGUUUCUCAAGACAACCAGAUAAAAGCUUCGUUUCCACCUCAACCACCACCACCACCACCUCUACCACCUAUGCCGCCUCCAAAUUCUGCAGCAAAUCAAUUCGUCCAAUCUGCUGGUCUGAUGGUUGGGGUUUUUCCUUAUGGAUAUGGUGCUAACAGCCUGCUACCUCUAGGUCCACCUUCACAUAAUGCAAUGGGAGCAAGACUAGCCCAUCAGCCACUGCAGCAACCACAACCGCCAUCGCAGCAGCUGCAGCCUCCCACCAAUGGAGGGUUUUAUCAGGCUCCAAGUAAUAGAAUUUAUGGGCAUAGCCAUCAGCCAGUACCACCGCCAUUACCCCGGCAGUGAGGUCCUCUUUGGAAGUACUUGAAAUAGACCUGUGUCAUUUUGUAUAUUAAUAGGUGGUACUUGUGCUUAGGCAGGAAUUCUUCUGUUUUCUAAUCCAAUCCACGGUCCUUUGUGUGGGACACCUCCUAUACCCUUCCCAGGUGCUUUACAAUGAUAACAAAGUACUUUGGCAACUAAAUCUUGACUUACAUGUACAAGAAUCAAUUGUAGAUAUAAUAGCUGUGUCUACAGCGAGCUGUGUACUAUGACAACAAGAACCCUAAUGCAUGUCUCUGUUCACAACCUGGUUGCACGUUACAACUCUACUUGUAUCUCCUUUUCAGAUGUAGCCUGAUUAUAUUAUAUUUGUGAACGUCAUAGGAUUUUUGAUAAUAAUCUGUUUAGAAUAUUCACUCAUUUUAAUUAGAGACUUUAAUGGUA